AUGGACGCCCUCGCCGCCUCGCGUAGCGACGGCUCCGAGCGCUGGGCCAUGGCCGACUUCGCCGCGUCCAGCAAUGCCACCACAGCCUCCAGCCUCACGGACCGGGAGGCCAGGAACAAGGCCCGACUCGUGGAGGCGCUCCAGGAACUCCAGUGCCCCACCAGUGACCCCUCGACGCGCGCGGUCGUGGAGCGCCAAAGAUGCGUCGAGGCGACUCGCCAGCUGAAAGGCCCGAUCCGGAUCAUGGGGCGCGUGCGGCCAGCACUCCACCACGAGACGCCGGGGUCACCCCUGCAGGUGAUCAACCGCCAGCAGCUGCAGGUGCUCCAGGAACCCCGGGCCCAGCUUACGGAGCAGUCCCGGCGCAGCACUGGCGGCUGCAGAUCCUCCCCCGGCCUCGGAGAGGCGAACCUGGAGUCCCGGAUGUUCUAUUUCGAUGACCUCUUCGACUCCACCGCUACGGAUGAUGAUAUCUUUUCAGCCGUGCAGGACGAGUUGGAUGCAGCUGUCGGCGGGGAAUCUGUUUGCAUCGUCGCCUAUGGCGCCACCGGCAGCGGCAAGACCCACACGGUCACGAACCUCGCGCAGCGCGCGGCGCGGGAGCUGGAACGCCAGGCGGUGGCGCUCGCCCAGGAUGGCAUGAAGAUGGAGAUCACGGUGCAGCUGGUGGAAAUCUACAACGACCAGCUCCGAGAUCUCCUCGCCGCGGACCCGUGCGGUUCGGCACGGCGCCUGCGCCUCUCCGUCUGCGGCUCGGGCAGCGCGCUCUUGGGCGCCCGGACCUGCCUUAUUUCGACGGACACGGGUGGCGGCAUUGCGGCCAUGCUUGGGGAGGUGCUCCGCAUCGGCCAGGCCCACCGGGCCACCUUCAACACGGCACUGAACGUGCGGUCCUCCCGAUCCCACCUGGUGAUGAUGCUCUUCUUGGGCUGCCGCGACGUGAGCACCGGCUGCUUGAGGGAGGCGGGAAAGCUGAGCUUGGUGGACCUGGCGGGCAGCGAACGCCUGAAGCGCAGCGAAGCGGUGGGCGAGCGGAGGAGAGAGGCACAGCACAUCAACCGCUCGCUGAGCGCGCUGGCCGAUGUCAUCUCCGCCAAGGAGCGGCGAGUCUCCCACGUGCCUUACCGGAACUCCAAGCUCACGCAGCUACUUCAGGAUGCCCUGGGCGGGGCGGAGCAUUGUCGCACGGUGGUCAUCGUCACUCUCCAACCCACAAGGGACUGCCUGAACGACACCCUGCACUCCCUGCAGUUCUCCCAGCGUCUCACCGCAGUCGCCCUGCCAACGCCCAUCACCUCCCGAGUGGAUGGCAGCCGUCGGCUGUCCUUGCGCUUGGAGGGCCAGGACAGCAGAGCGCAGCUGUUGCAGGAGGUCGCGCGCUGGCGUGCCGAGUUCGAGAAAGCGCAGGCGCAGAGAGAUGAGCUGAAGACGGCCUUGGAGCUGAAGGACAAGGAGCUGCAGGAGGCCCGGCGCCGCAACGCGGCGCUCGCGGCGGCUGCGGACCGGCCUCCGGUCUCGCCGAGUGCGAGGGACUUGCCCACGGAGAGGGCCCGUGAGCCCGGCCGCGCAGACCGGCAUGUCCCGAAUGUCCCGAAUGUUUCGAAUGCCUCAAACCUACCCCGCAGGUCCCCGUCUCCACGCGCAGUCACCUCGCCUCGGGUGGAGACGCGCCAUGUCCCGCCCAUCCCCGUGCACGAGCGGAGGCCCCUCGCGCCGCUGAGGCCGCUGCGCACCUCGCGGUCGGCGGACUAUCCGAAACUCCCCGGCAACUCGGGCAACCGCUGGAGCCCCUUCGGGAAUGCCGCGGCCAACGACCGGCACCCACAGCGCGGGCAGAGCCCCAGGGCGCCCCGGCGCAACGCGACGACGUCCCCGCCACCCCGAGAGGCACGAGAGGUGCGCCAAGGGGGACCAGGACCCAGGCCUGACUGCCAGCGCCCUCGCCCGAGCUGGGCGGCCCCCUUGGAUGAGUUGAACGAGACUGUGCCAUCCUCGCCGCCGACCCAGCAGAGGCAGCCAAGGCAAAGCAGCCCAGUUCGCAUUGUGGCGCCUCCGGCAGAGAGCACCUCACCCGCGCGGGUGCGGUCGACGUCCUCCCACCUUCGAGCCAAAGAGUACCGGGUGGAGGUGAUCUCCGAUGCGCGCGUCCAUGAGCUCACUGGGGAGAGGGUCUUUCGUGAGGAGAAGAAGAGUGCGAAGUGCCCGCCAAGCCCGGCGCUCUUGCUCUACCCUGGCUUCGAGGAGGAGGAGGAAGCGGAUGAGGACUAUGCCAUUGAGGAUGAUGUGCUGGGCCUGGGUACCCUCAACGACGGCUUGGACAACGUGUCUGAGUCCAGUGAUGAGGCAGAGAUUCGCGACCGGCUUAAGCAGCGCCUGCAGCUAACCGCACGGGAGGUCCCCGUCAAGACGUCCGGCAAGCGGGGCCCAAGCCCACCGCGUGACGUGCGCCCGAAGGUCCGGGAGGCAGCAAGGGGGUCUCAAGCGCCCCCCUACGGCAUGCACCCUCCCCCUCAUCGACGAGGCCGGGAGCGAUAA